AUGAGCAAGUGUCUGGCUGAAAGCCCGUUAAGGAGCACUGUCGAGCGCGAGAAAUGGAUGAACUGUUAUUUCCGGAAGCUUGCGUCGCUGUACAGAAAGUCACCCUGUCUGUGGAAGAAAGACACGCGUUAUUAUCUCGACAGCGAGCGCAGGCAUCGCGCCUACGCUCGUAUUCAUCGGGCGAUGGAUUUACCGGGGAUAAGUUUCGUCGAGAUCGUCUUGAAGAUACGGGAGAUGCGACGCGUGUACGUGAACGAGCUGAGAAAGCUGCUCGAGGCCGAGUCGAACGGUCAUUGCUACGAGAUCAUGGUACCGUGGUUCUACGAUUUGCAUCGAUUUCUCUACCCGUACCUGGAUUACGAGGAGGCGGUCGAGUUGCACGAAAAUCCUGAUUCCGCUAUCUGUGACACCGACGGAGAUCAAUUGGAAACCUUUUCGACAGCCGUGACGCGUUGUUUGAAGAAAUUAGGCAAACCCUACGCGCUUAGAGCUCAGGCGGAAAUUCGACGUAUCUUGAGAAACGUGCUAAUCGAAUCUAAGAACAAUUCCCCCUAA